AUGAAUCCAGAACGGAGCAGCCCUGUCCCCCAUCGGGCCUUUAUUGCGCUGGGUAGUAAUGUCGGAGACCGCAUUGAAAUGAUCGAAACGGCGUGUCUGGAGCUGGACCGAGCCAAUAUCAAGGUCAAGCGAACCAGCUCACUCUUUGAGACAGAGCCUAUCUAUCAGGUUGAAACGACUCUUGAGCCAAUGCAGCUAUUGAAUGCCCUUCAAUCCAUCGAGAUGGAGCUGGGUAGAAAGAAGCUUAUCGACAAGGGUCCACGCUCCAUCGAUCUGGACAUCUUGUUGUAUGAUCAAGAGGUCUUCUCCCACGAGCGUCUCAAUGUUCCGCACAACCUCAUGCUGGAACGAGACUUCGUUCUCCGGCCUCUCUGCCAAUUGAUUCCCCACGAACGCCCACCUCAACCAGACAAGAACACACAAACAUAUAACUCCUUUUCCGACGGAGGCAAACACUCCCCUCAUGACAUGACCUACAUUACCGAGACUGUACGCACUUUCAUCGCUCAAGGCGCGACAAUCAUCGACAUCGGUGGAGAAAGUACUCGCCCAGGCUCAACCCCCGUGGGUGCAGACGAGGAGAUUGCCCGCGUCGUCCCUGCAAUCAAACACAUCCGGGCCAACAUUCCCGAAGCGGCACACAUCGCCAUCAGUAUCGAUACGUACCGUGCCGGCGUGGCCGAAGCAGCUUGUGCCGCCGGUGCAGAUAUCAUCAACGAUGUCUCAGCUGGAACCCUCGAUCCCGACAUGCUGAGCACAGCAGCACGGAUCAACAAGACUAUUAUCUUAAUGCACAUGCGUGGAACACCGCAGACCAUGACCACCCUAGUGGACUAUCCCAACGGGGUCAUCCCGGGGGAGUCUCCGAGCUACGCGAGCGCAUCGUCGCCGCCGAAGAGGCCGAAUCAGCCCGAGGACCUGGAGGUCCUGCGUGAGCUACCGAAGCUGCGUGCCGCCGAAGGGCUGGAGUAUCUUCCUUGGCUGAUGGGACCGAGUCGAAAGCGGUUCAUUGGGCAUAUCACUGGCGUGAAGACUGCCCGUGAACGUGUUUGGGGAACGGCUGCUACCGUCACGGCGAGUGUUGCGGGCGGAGCGGAUAUUGUCCGAGUGCAUGAUGUGCAUGAAAUGUGGCAGGCCGCUAGGGUGGCGGAUGCUAUUUAUCGUGUUGAGUGA